CAAAUUUUGGGGUGCAUAGUUAUUCGUCCAAACACUCAAAAUUUUGGGGGUGGCACGUGCUUCACCCCUUCUUCAAACACACAAAAUCUAUAUUUUCUUUUUCUCUAUUUCUCUUAUUUCCUUUCUUCAUCUCUCCACACAAAAUCUCAAUCUUCUUUCUCUAAAAUCUCAACCCUUAUUUUCUCAAAUCACAAGUUUCAGCACUUGAAACCCAUAUCGUUCUCAUUCCUCUCUUUAUCAUUCUCAACUCCACACGAUGCCCUAAAAUGUGCGCCUGCAUUCCACCAUUGUCGAUUGAUUUUCCAUCGUCUCCGUCGAUUGCAACAACUUUGGUGAAUAACUCGAUCCUCGAUCCCCACUGUGAAGAACUCAAUUCAAUCCAGAACUCACUCCUCGAUCUGAUCCAGAAAUCGAUUCUCGAUGCCCAUUAUGAAGGACUCGAUCCGGUCCAGAACUCGAUCCAAGUCUUGAUUCGAUCCAAACUCCCCCACUAUGAAGAAUUCGAUGUUCGCCCAGAUCUGCCGCAAAACAAAAUCCACUCAAUGCUCCCCCACUCGAUGUUCGACCGAUUCGAACAGGAGAGACUUUUAAAGCAGGUAGAUGAAGAUCAAAGAUGAAAGCUCGAUUCCAUGAUACUAUAAUCCUCAAAAUUUGAUGAAUUUUGUAUUUUUGAACCUUGUAUGGUUGAAAAUUACAUUUG